UGUGAGGCUCGAGGGGAAGACCGAAAGUCAAAUGAGUGAAGAAAAGCGCAGAUAUUCACCGCUAUUCCACGUCCUUUACAAUCUUAUCUGUUACAGGAACCUACAGACAGACAGCCAACAUUAUUCUGCACUGAUUUCAGCAUCUGCAGCUCAUUUUAUCAACAUCUGAAGAACCUUCAGACACGAUGUGUUCCACACAGAACCGGAAGUCAUGCUGAGACACAAAAAGAAAAGAUGGAGCUGAAUGGCUGUAUGUGGGCAGUUUGUGCUGAUCACUGAGGACUGAAAUAAUGGCAAGGGAGUCUGGGAAAAUCAUAACCUCUGAAAUGAGUAUCCCGGAAGAGCACUGUGAUAUUAAAAGUGGAAAUGAGGAAAGGUCAAACUGCCCUGUGUCGAGCUGUGUGCCCUUGAGGAGUGACCACUUAGUUAUAGAACCUCUCAACUUCAAAGGAGGAUCAGCCCCUCAGGAAAGAACUGAAGAAAGGUCACACUCCCCUGUGUCCAGCUAUGCGUCUUUGAAGAGUGACCAGUCAAUGAUGGAACCGCUCAAAUUCAAAGACGCAUCAGUCCUUCAGGGAAGUGGAGGCACAGUAGGGCCAGACUCCCCUGUGUCCAGCUGUGCGUCUUUGAAGAGUGACCAAUCAAUGAUGGAACCUCUCAAAUUCAAAGUAGCAUCAGUCCCUCAGGAAAGCGAAACUGAGGAAAGGUCAAACUCCCCUGUGUCCAGCUGUGUGUCCUUGAAGAGUAAUCAGUCAAUGAUGGAACCUCUCAAAUUCAAAGUAGCAUCAGUCCCUCAGGAAAGUGGAACAACAGUAGGACCAGAUUCCUUUGUGUCCAGUAGUGUGUCUUUGAAGAGUGACCAAUCAAUGAUGGAACCUCUCAAAUUCAAAGUAGAAUCAGUCUCUCAAGAAAGACAUAAUUCAGACUCCGCUCAGCAGUCAAAACAUCCUCUGUUCCGUGUCAGCAAGACAGAAACACCCACAACAGAAAGUGAUGAUACGGGGUCAGAGUUUGCUGUGACAAGUGACAAGCUUCAAAAGAAGAUUAAAAGACUGCCGAACAUCUUUAAAGAGCUUGAGAACAAAAUAUUUGUGUUCAUAAAGCAUGAGUUGGAAAUGUACAAGAAACAUCUAACAAAAAGAAACACAAAAUAUUAUGGAAAUGUGAAGGAUGACAUGUGGAAUUUAAGGCAAGGAGUUCUAAAUAUGACACAAUACUUUUUGAAGAAAAUGAAACACGAGGACCUCUCUAAUGUUCUGCAAGAUGAACUGAUUGGAAUUCAACAGUAUGCACUCAAAGCUAAACUGAGCAAAAAAUGUCAUCAUGUAUGUGAAGGAAUUGCAAAGCAAGGAGAGGCCACUGUUCUGAAUAAGAUCUACACAGAGCUGUACAUCACUGAAGGUGGAGCUGGACAGGUCAACAAAGAACAUGAAGUGAGACUCAUUGAAAAAAACAGCGUAACAAGAGACACAAAUCAAAUGGAACAAGAAGUGCAAAUCAUAUGCAAGGACAUGUUUGAUCCUCUAACUGAAGAAGACAAACACAUCAGAACUGUUCUGACCCGGGGGGUUGCGGGUAUUGGAAAAUCAAUUUGUGUGCAGAAGUUUAUUUUGGACUGGGCUGAAGGUAAAGAAUAUCAGGACAUCCAGUUCAUAUUUCCACUUCCCUUCCGAGAACUGAACCUGAAGAAAGGAAGUCAGAGUUUGAUGGACAUCAUCUAUUUCUUCUUCCCGGAAACACAAGGAUUGAGAUUAUCAGAUAAGUACAAGGUCAUGUUCAUCUUUGAUGGUCUGGAUGAAUGUCAACUUCCUUUGAGAUUCCACACAAAUGAGACCCUGAACAACAUCUCAGAAGAAGCCCCACUGGACGCUGUGAUGACGAACCUCAUCAAGGGAAAUCUGCUUCCCUCUGCUCUGAUCUGGAUAACCACUAGACCAGCAGCUGCUGCUAAAAUCCCUGCAGAGUAUGUUCACCGAAUGACAGAGUUACGUGGCUUCAAUGACUUACAGAAGGAGCAGUACUUCAGAAAGAGAAUCAGUGAUCAGGACCUGGCAGAGAAAAUAAUUGGUCAUAUUAAACAGUCAAGAAGCCUGUUCAUCAUGUGCCACAUCCCUGUCUUCUGUUGGAUUUCUGCCAAUGUACUUCAGAAAAUUUUGCAAGAAGGAAGGAGUGAGGAUACGCCAAAGACACUCACAGAAAUGUACACCUGCUUUCUGAUCUUUCAGACCAUACAGGGGAACCUGAAAUACACUGGAAAGCAUGAUUCAGAUGUACCCUGGGACAAAGAAAGCAUUAUGUCAAUGGGAAAGUUGGCUUUUCAUCACCUGGAAGAGAGCAAUCUGAUCUUCUAUACAGAAGAUCUAGGCGCAUGUGGAAUUGACCCUAAUAAGAUUUUGGUGUACUCAGGACUGUGCACUCAGGAGACAGUCAGAUUUCUUGGCACAGUUUUCAGCUUUGUACAUCUGAGCAUUCAAGAGUUCCUUGCUGCUGUAUUUGCAUAUGUAUCUCUCAGAAAUGACAACAAUAAUGUUUUUGACCAUCAGUCCACACCACAGGAGAGCAAAAAAACAGAACUCAUUGAUUUUGUCAAGACUGCAGUAGACAAGGCUUUGAAGAGUGACCAUGGACACCUGGACCUUUUCCUUCGCUUCCUUCUGGGUCUCUCUCUGGAAUCUAAUGAGAAGCUCAUUCGAGGUCUGUUGACAAAGACAGGAAGCAGGUCUGACUGCCAGAAGGACAUAGUUGAGUACAUCAAGUUAAAGUUUAAGGAAAAUCCAUCUCCAGAGAGAUCAGUCAAUCUCUUUUACUGUCUGAAUGAGUUAAAUGAUGAUUCUCUAGUGAAAGAGAUCCAGAGUUACAUGAGCUCAGGACGUCUCUCUGAAGCUGAACUCUCUCCUGCACAGUGGUCAGCUCUGGUCUUUGUGCUGCUGACAUCCAAAGAGAAGCUGGAUGAGUUUGACUUAAAGAAGUUCAUCAGAUCAGAUGAGUGUCUUAUCAGACUGCUGCCGGUAGUCAAGGAAGCCACAUCAGCUCUGCUCAAUGAGUGUAACCUGACAGAGAAAGGUUGUUCAGCUCUGUGUAAAGUUCUCAGCUCAGAAUCCUCCAACUUGAUCAAGCUGGACCUCAGUAGUAAUAUUCUACAGGACACAGGAGUGAAGCUGCUCUCUGCUGGACUAAAGAGUCCACAAUGUAAAGUGGAGGAACUGAGACUUUCAUUCUGCAGUGUAACAGAGGAAGGAUAUGUUGCUCUGGCCUCAGCUCUGAAUUCAAACCCCUCAUCACACCUGAUAGAUCUGGAUCUAAAAGGGAAUAAUCCUGGAGAUACAGGAGUGAAGAAGCUCACUGAUCUACUCACUGAUCCAAACUGUAAACUCAAGACAUUGAGACUGUUGAGCAGUUCUACUGCAGAGGAAGUCUGUGAUUCUCUGACUAAAGUUCUAGGAAUAAACCCCUUACUGCUGAGAGAGCUGGACCUGAGUGGGAAAAUACAAGGAGAUUCAGAACUGAAGAAGAUCUCUGAGCUACUGAAGGAUUCACACUGCAGACCAAAUAAUCUCAAGCUGCAAAAGAACAGUAUUACAGAGGAAGCCUGUGCUGCUCUAUCAUCAUCUCUUUGUUCAAAUCCUUCACACCUGAUAGAGCUGGAUCUGAGUGAAAAUAAACUAGGAAACUCUGGAGUGGGGAAGAUUUCUGAUGUGUUGAAGAAUCCUGACUGUAAACUACAGAAACUGGAACUUUCAUUCUGCAGUAUAACAGAGGAAGGAUAUGGUGAUCUGUCUUCAGCUCUGAAAUCAAACCCCUCAUCACACCUGAUAGAGCUGGAUCUCAGAGGGAACGAUCCUGGAGAUACAGGAGUGAAGAUGCUCACUGAUCUACUAGAGGAUCCAGACUGUAAACUGAAGACACUGAGGUUGUUGAACAGUUCUGCUGCAGAGGAAGUCUGUGGUUCUCUGACUAAAGUUCUAGGAAUAAACCCCUUACUGCUGAAAGAGCUGGAUCUGAGUGGGAAAAUACAAGGAGAUUCAGAACUGAAGAAGAUCUCUGAGCUGCUGGAAGAUUUGCACUGCAGAACUCAGAAACUGAAGCUGAAUAAGUGCAGUAUUACAGAUGAAGGCUGUGCUGCUCUAUCAUCAGCUCUUUGUUCAAAUCCUUCACAUCUGCUAGAGCUGGAUCUGAGUGAGAAUAAACUGGGAAGCUCUGGAGUGAAGCAGAUCUGUUCUCUACUGAACAAUCAGUGCUGUAAACUGCAGAAACUGAGGCUGAAUAAGUGCAGUAUUACAGAGGAAGGCUCUGCUGCUCUGUCAUCAGCUCUUUGUUUAAAUCCUUCACACCUGAUAGAGCUGGAUCUGAGUGAGAAUCCAGUAUUAAAUGAUGGAGUGAUGAAGAUCUGUGAAAUGCUGGAGAAUCCUAAAUUUGUGCUACAGAAGCUACAUCUUUCAUUUUGCAGUAUAACAGAGGAAGGAUAUGCUGCUCUGGCAUCAGCUUUGAAGUCAAACCCCUCAUCACACCUGAUAGAGCUGGAUCUCAGAGGGAACAAUCCUGGAAAUACAGGAGUGAAGAAGCUCACUGAUCUACUCGAUGAUCCAAACAGUAACCUGAAGAAACUGAGGUUGUUGAACAGUUCUACUGCAGUGGAAGCCUGUGAUUCUCUGACUAAAAUUCUAGGAAUAAACCCCUUACUGCUGAGAGACCUGGAUCUGAGUGGGAAAAUACAAGGAGAUUCAGAAAUAAAGAAGAUCUCUGAUCUACUGAAGGAUUCACACUGCAGAACUCACAAACUUCUGCUGAAUAAGAGCAGCAUUACAGAGGAAGGCUGUGCUGCUCUAUCAUCAUCUCUUUGUUCAAAUCCUUCACACCUGAUAGAGCUGGAUCUAAAUGAGAAUAAACUAGGAAACUCUGGAGUGAAGAAGAUCUGUGAAAUGUUGGAGAAUCCUAAAUCUGUGCUACAGAAGCUACAUCUUUCAUUUUGCAGUAUAACAGAGGAAGGAUAUGCUGCUCUGGCAUCAGCUUUGAAGUCAAACCCCUCAUCACACCUGAUAGAGUUGGAUCUCAGAGGGAACAAUCCUGGAAAUACAGGAGUGAAGAAGCUCACUGAUCUACUAAAUGAUCCAAACAGUAACCUGAAGAAACUGAGGUUGUUGAACAGUUCUACUGCAGUGGAAGCCUGCGAUUCUCUGACUAAAAUUCUAGGAAUAAACCCCUUACUGCUGAGAGAUCUGGAUCUAAGUGGGACAAUACAGGGAGAUUCAGAAAUAAAGAAGAUCUCUGAUCUACUGAAGGAUUCACACUGCAGAACUCACAAACUUCUCCUGAAGAAGUGCAGUAUUACAGAGGAGGGCUGUGCUGCUCUAUUAUCAUCUCUUUGUUCAAAUCCUUCACACCUGAUAGAGCUGGAUCUGAGUGAGAAUAAACUAGGAGACUCUGGAGUGAAGAAGAUCUGUUCUCUACUGAAGGAUUCAAACUGCAAACUGACAAAAUUAAAUCUUUCAUUCUGCAAUGUAACAGAAGGAGGAUAUACUGAUCUGUCUUCAGCUCUGAAAUCAAACCCCUCAUCACACCUGAUAGAGCUGGAUCUCAGAGGGAACGAUCCUGGAGAUACAGGAGUGAAGAAGCUCACUGAUCUACUGGAGAAUCCAAAUUGUAAACUGAAGACAGUGAGAUUGCUGAACAGUUCUACUGCAGAGGAAGUCUGUGAUUCUCUGACUAAAGUUCUAGGAAUGAACCCCUUACUGCUGAGAGAGCUGCAUCUGAGUGGGAAAAUACAAGGAGAUUCGGAACUGAAGAAGAUCUCUGAUCUAUUGGAGGAUUCACACUGCAGGAUUAUGAAGAUUUUGCUGAAUAAGAGCAGUAUUACAGAAGAAAGCUGUGCUGCUCUAUCAUCAGCUCUUUGUUCAAAUCCUUCACACCUGAUAGAGCUGGAUGUGAGUGAGAAUAAACUAGGAAACUCUGGAGUGAAACAGAUCUGUUCUCUACUGAACAGUCAGCACUGUAAUCUAAAGAAACUGAAUCUGUCAUUCUGCAGUAUAACAGAGGGAGGAUAUGCAGCUUUGGCCUCAGUUCUGAAAUCAAACCCUUCAUCACACCUGAUAGAGCUGGACCUCAGAGGGAACAAUCCUGGAGAUAAAGGAGUGAGGGAGCUCACAGACGUAUUUGUGAAUUCAAGGAAAACACUGAAGUUGUUGAAAAGCAGUGAUGCAGUGAAAGCCUAUACAUUCCUUAAUGAGAUUCUGGGUAAAAACCCCUUACUGCAGAGAGAGUUAGAUCUGAGCAGGACUGAUCUAAGAUGCAUCAAAGUACAGCAGCUCUGUGCUCUACUGGAGGAUCCACACUACAGACUGGAGAAACUUAUGCUGUAUAAAUCAGGCAGUAUUACAGAGCGAGACUGUGCUGCUCUGAUUUCUGCUCUGAUUCUAAACCCGUCACACCUGAGACAGCUGAACCUGAAUGAGAAUAAACUAAAUGAGUCAGGAGUGCUGAAGCUUUGCAAGCUACUUGUGGAUCCUCACUGUAAACUGGGGAAAUUGAUACUCACUGACUGUAACAUUAAAGGGGAUGGAUAUGCUGAUCUGGCUUCAGCUCUGAAAUCAAACCCCUCAUCACACCUGAUAGAGCUGGAUCUCAGAGGUAACAAUCCUGGAGAUACAGGAGUGAAGAAGCUCACUGAUCUAGUAGAGGUUCCAAACUGUAAACUGAAGACACUGAGGUUGUUGAAAAGUUCUACUGCAGAGGAAGUCUCUGAUUCCCUGACUAAAGCUCUAGGAAUAAACCCCUUACUGCUGAGAGAGCUGGAUCUGAGUGGGAAAAUACAAGGAGAUUCAGAAAUGAAGAAGAUCUCUGAUCUACUGAAAGAUUCACACUGCAGAACAAAGACACUGAAGCUGAAUAAGAGCAGUAUUACAGAGAAAGGCUGUGCUGCUCUAUCAUCAGCUCUUUGUUCAAAUCCUUCACACCUGAUAGAGCUGGAUCUGAGUGACAAUAAACUAGGAAACUCUGGAGUGAAGGAGAUCUGCUCUCUACUGAAGAAUCAGUGCUGUAAACUGCAGAAACUGGGGCUUUCAUUCUGCAGUGUAACAAACAAAGGAUAUGCUGAUCUGUCUUCAGCUCUGAAAUCAAACCCCUCAUCAUACCUGAUAGAGCUGGAUCUCAGAGGUAAUGAUCCUGGAGAUACAGGAGUGAAGAUGCUCACUGAUCUACGAGAGGAUCCAAACUAUAAACUGAAGACACUGAGGUUUUUGAGCAGUCUCGCAGCAGAGGAAGUUUGUGAUUCUCUGACUAAUGCUCUAGGAAUAAACCCGUUACUGCUGAGAGAGCUGGAUCUGAGUGGGAAAAAACAAGGAGAUUCAGAAAUGAAGAAGAUCUCUGAUCUACUCAAGGAUUCACACUGCAGAACACAUACACUAAAGCUGAGAAAGUGCAAUAUUACAGAGGAUGGCUGUGCUGCUCUAUCAUCGGUUCUUUGUUCAAGUCCUUCACACCUGAUAGAGCUGGAUCUGAGUGAGAAUAAACUAGGAAACUCUGGAGUGAAGCAGAUCUGUUCUCUACUGAACAAAGAGCACUGUAAACUGCAGAGACUGAUACUUUCAUUCUGCAGUGUAACAGAGAAAGGAUAUGCUGCUCUGGCUUCAGCUCUGAAAUUAAACCCCUCAUCACACCUGAUAGAGCUGGAUCUCAGAGGGAAUGAUUUUGGACAGAUAGGACUGAAGGAGCUCACUGAUUUAUUAGAGGAUUCAAACUGUAAACUGAAGACACUGAGACUGCUGAACAAUGAUGAUGCAGAGGAAGCCUGGAAAGUUCUUAAUAAGAUUCUGGGUAAAAACCCCUUAUUGCAGAGAGAGUUAGACCUGAGCAAGACUGGACUAAGACACAUGAAAUUGCAGCAGCUGUGUGCUCUCCUGCAGGAUCCACACUACAGACUGGAGAAACUUAUGCUGAGUAACUGCAGUAUUACAGAUGAAGGCUGUGCUGCUCUGGCUUCAGCUUUCAGAACAAAUCCAUCACACCUAAGAGAGCUGGAUCUGAGUGGGAAUAAAGUAGGAAACUCUGGAGUGAAGCACCUCUCCCAAUUAUUAAAGCAUUCCAAGUGUACUCUGGAAAAACUGCAUCUUUCAUUCUGCAGUAUAACAGAGGAAGGAUAUGCUGCUCUGGCUUCAGCUCUGAAAUCAAACCGCUCAUCACACCUGAUAGAACUGGAUCUCAGAGGGAAUGAUUUUGGACAGAUAGGACUGAAGGAGCUCACUGAUUUAAUAGAGGAUUCAAACUGUAAACUGAAGACACUGAGGUUGUUGAACAGUUCUGCUGCAGAGGAAGCGUGUGUUUCUCUGACUGAAGUUCUAGGAAUAAACCCCUUACUGCUGACAGAGCUGGAUCUGAGUGGAAAAAUACAAGGAGAUUCAAAACUGAAGAAGAUCUCUGUUCUACUGGAGGAUUCACACUGCAGAACUCUGAUACUGAAGCUGAAUAAGAGCAGUAUUACAGAGGAAGGCUGUGCUGCUCUGUCAUCAGCUCUUUGUUCAAAUCCUUCACACCUGUUAGAGCUGGAUCUGAGUGAGAAUAAACUAGGAAACUCUGGAGUGAAGCAGAUCUGUUCUCUACUGAACAAUCAGGACUGUAAACUGCAGAAACUGAAUCUUUCCUUCUGCAGUAUAACAGAGGAAGGAUAUGCUGCUCUGGCUUCCACUCUGAAAUCAAACCCCUCAUCAUCCCUGACAGAGCUGGAUCUCAGAGGGAAUGAUCCUGGUGAUACAGGAGUGAAGGAGCUCACAGAGAUAUUUGUGAAUUCAAAGAAAACACUGAGACUGCUGAACAGUGAUGAUGCAGAGGAAGCCUGGAAAUGUCUUAAUAAGAUUCUGGAUAAAAACCCCUUACUGCAGAGAGAGUUAGAUCUGAGCAAGAAAGAAUUAAACAACAUUAAAGUGAAACAGCUGUGUGCUCUACUGCAGGAUCCACACUACAGACUGGAGAAACUUAGGCUGAAUAAGAGCAGUAUUACAGAGGAAGGCUGUGCUGCUAUAUCAUUAGCUCUUUGUUCAAAUCCUUCACACCUGUUAGAGCUGGAUCUGAGUGAGAAUAAACUAGGAAACUCUGGAGUGAAGCAGAUCUGUUCUCUACUGAACAAUCAGGACUGUAAACUGCAGAAACUGAAUCUUUCAUGCUGCAGUAUCACAGAAGAAGGAUAUGCUGCUCUGACUUCUGCUCUGAAAUCAAACCCCUCAUCACCCCUGACAGAGCUGGAUCUCAGAGGGAAUGAUCCUGGAGAUACAGGAGUGAAGGAGCUCACAGAGAUAUUUGUGAAUUCAAAGAAAACACUGAGACUGCUGAACAGUGAUGACGCAGAGGAAGCCUGGAAAUGUCUUAAGAUUCUGGAUAAAAACCCUUUACUGCAGAGAGAGUUAGAUCUGAGCAAGAAAGAAUUAAACAACAUUAAAGUGAAACAGCUGUGUGCUCUACUGCAGGAUCCACACUGCAGACUGGAGAAACUUAGGUUAUAUGAAUCAGGCAGUGUUAAAGGUGACGACUGUGCCGAUCUGGUUUCUGCCCUGAUCGUAAACCCCUCACACCUGAGAGAGCUGGAUCUGAAUGAGAAUAAACUGAACAAGUCAGGAGUGGAGAAGCUCUGCAUUCUACUGAAGAAUCCUUGCUGUAAACUGGAGAAACUGAAGAUUAAAAAGUGCAGUAUAGAAGAGAAAGGCUGUGCUGAUCUGGCUUCAGCUUUAACCUCAAACCCCUCACACCUGAGAGAGCUGGAUCUGUACAUGAACAAACUAGGAAAGUCAGGAGUGAAAGAGCUCUGCAACCUACUGAAGAAUCCUCACUGUAAACUGGAGAAACUAAAACUAGUUCAGAGUUUACCAGAGAAAUCCUGUGCAGAUCUGGUUUCAGCUCUUUGUGAAAAUCCAUCAUAUAUCAGAGAGCUGAACCUGAACAAGAAUAAACUAGAGGAGUCAGGAGUGAAAGAGCUCUGCAAUCUACUGAAGAAUCCUCACUGUAAACUGGAGAAACUGAAACUAGUUCAGAGUUUACCAGAGAAAUCCUGGGCAGAUCUGGUUUCAGCUCUUUGUGAAAAUCCAUCAUAUAUCAGAGAGCUGAACCUGAACUGGAAUAAACUAGAGGAGUCAGGAGUGAAAGAGCUCUGCAAUCUACUGAAGAAUCCUCACUGUAAACUGGAGAAACUGAACAUUAAGAGUUGCAGUAUAGAUGAUAAAGGCUGUGCUGCUCUGACUUCAGCUGUGAGUUCACAUCGCUUACAACUGAAACAUCUGGAUCUACGCAGGAAUAAACUAGUCAACUCAGUGAUGCAGCUUUCUGAGAUAAUGAAGGAAUCAGAGAUCAGGAUACGAUUGGAUGAUCUGAAGGGUUGGUUCUCUUGGGUCUCUUCAUUGUGGAAAGAAGCGGAAACAGAAGAAUCAUCAGAAGAUGAGGAAGCACAUCUCAUGACUGCAGAGGUUCACACUGAAGUGGAUCAGGAUGAACAAAUAACAGAGUAGCGUUCAGAAGAUCAGAGUAAAAUUGAUCAUGAUGACCAGAAAACGGAGCAGAGCUCAGACGGUCCAAGUAAAACGGAUCAGAACGAUCAGAAACCGGAGCAGAGCUCAGACGGUCCGAGUAAAACGGAUCGGAACGACCAAAAAACGGGGCAGAGCUCAGACGGUCCGAGUAAAAGGGAUCGGAACGACCAAAAAACGGGGCAGAGCUCAGACGGUCCGAGUAAAACGGAUCGGAACGACCAAAAAACGGGGAAGAGCUCAGGCGGUCCGAGUAAAACGGAUCGGAACGACCAAAAAACGGAGCAGAGCUCAGACGGUCCAAGUAAAACGGAUCGGAACGACCAAAAAAAGGAGCAGAGCUCAGACGGUCCGAGUAAAACGGAUCGGAACGACCAAAAAAAGGAGCAGAGCUCAGACGGUCCGAGUAAAACGGAUCGGAACGACCAA